AUGAGUGUCAGCUUGUCAGGCUCUUGCCUGCCGCCUUCGAGCAGCCUCCCGCCGAUCCGGCAAAUCAUCACUUCAACGGAACAAGAGAUAGUACUUGCCCUGCAACGACUGCAAACGCUAUACUGCCCGCUUCGUAUACCGGCAACACUGACAAAGCGUACGACAAAGAGGCAAAAUAUUCCCGCUGCUGCGACUCCAAUCGCCGUCGACUCAGGUUAUGCGUCUCAGGAUGAAGAUGAAGAUGAGGAUGUCGCACACGAGGAAGUGACAGCCGCUCUGCGCGCCGACCCGUUCGAGCGCACUUUUGCAACACGAUGGCUUACCGCUCUAAUAUCUCGAUCUGAAGAGAUUCUCAUGGAUGACGAUGUCAGGAACUCUGUCGUUGACGAUGCAGCAUUCAUCCUAUCGUCAUUUGCCGACUCGACCAAGAAUGAAGAAGAAGCAUUGACACGGGACUUCGAUUUUCCCACAUCGUAUGGACAGUCCGUUACGAUCACGCUCAAUGACGCACCUUUGUCUGGAACAGAUCACACUGACGUUGGUCUACAAUCAUGGGGUGCAAGUAUUGUGCUGAGUAGUAUGAUGUGCAAGGAUCCAGAACAUUUCGGUCUCAAGCCAGAUGCUUUCCCGGAAAACCCAACCGUCAUUGAGCUAGGAGCUGGAACAGGGCUCGUAAGCCUGAGCCUUGCGAAACUAUUUUCCAAAGUCGGUAUAGACGCUCCAAGUAUCACAGCUACGGACUACCAUGCAGCGGUCCUGGAAAACUGCCAAGUAAACAUAACUACCAACUUUCCUUCCACCUGUAUUCUACAACCUGUGAGGACAUCUCUGUUGGACUGGUCAAAAUCACCCACCGAGCUAGCCAUGACUGCAGAUCUCCUGAUCGCGUCUGAUGUGGUCUACGCUCCAGAGCAUGCGGCUUGGCUGCGCGAUUGUGCAGCCCAUCUCCUGAAACCCAAUGGUACCUUUUGGCUCAUGACCACAGUCCGCAAGACAGGGAAGUUCGAAGGUAUCCCAGAUACAGUCGACGCUGCGUUUGAAGCAGCAUUCUGUCCACUUGAUGCAACGGGGAGACGUUUUCAAAUUCUGCAGAAGAAAUGGGUAGACAAGCGGAGAGGCAUUGGGAGAGGUGACGAGAGUGGGUACAAUCUGUACCGGAUAGGCUGGGCGUGA